AUGGCCGCCAUCAGCAUGCCCAUCGCCGCUCGCGCCGAGUACGCUCUCCACCAGCUCGCCAAGCGCGACAAGAACUGGGCCCAGCGUGAGCCCGGUGUCAUUGUCGUCUUCGUCAUUGUUUUCCUCGUCGCCAUCCUCGUCAUUGCCAUGUUCAUCAACAAGAAGAGGCAAGCUGGCAAAGGCAUGGCAUAA